GAAGAGAAAGAAGAAGAAGAAGAAGAGGAGGGUGAUAUAAAGCGGAAACUGCGCAUGUGUGAAGGAGCUUUUGCAGCUCAACACUUUAGAACUUUCUUUUAUUAAGUAAGGAGGGCACCAGGAAAUAUAUCACAACAAAACCAUAACGGUAACUCCACAGACCGGUGAGAACAACGUUUAAGGGUUACACUAAUAGUUGUCUACUGUGACGCGCAGUCCAACUUUCGAAACAUUUCACUUCGUGAGCAUCCUCAAAUUCAGACAUCGGUUUUGAAUGCGCCGGUUUGCUAAUCAUUGUGGUUUAAUGAUUGCAUAAUUAAAGUAAAUAGAGUGAGCUUUACACGACCAAUAGUUGAGUUUCCUCAGAAAACUCAUGGACCCCAAUGGAGCCACAGAGGGUCCUCGGCCAGAUGGGGGACGCUUCAAUAAUUUAAGGACAGUUGUGGAAACCAGGGUCAAGCAUAAUGACGGGUCAAGAGUAAAAGAAACUCCGUUCCACCUAGUCAGCACACGACCUCGUGUUUCUCCGCUAAGGUUGGAACCUCCUGGCACCUUGCUCUUUGGCACAAUUGGACAACUAAAUGCUCGGCUUCUUCAGAAGGAUGUACUUGUUGCAGCAUCAGUCGAAAGUACAGGCGCGCAAGCGUCCGAUACAAGGAGUGACUGCGCCACGUCAAGUGAAAAUACCCAAACAAGUACACGUGGAGAGGAGCCUGCUGAGAGCAAAAUAAAGUUGGACCUGGCAGACAAGCAGCCUUCUGCCGCACCUGAGGCCACAGAGAUUUGUCUUAAAGAUGGUGAAGAGAGAGUUCCCUUCAUUUCCACUAAACCACACUCAGCUGUGAAGAAGAAGAAACGAAAGAUGGGACUCUACAACUUUGCCCCCAAAAAGAAGGCAAAGCCCCUGAAACACCUGCAAAAAAAGUAUGAUUCUCACAACAUAGUGCAGAUGAGCCAUGUUGGAGGAGAUGAGAUAUCUAUGAUUACAAAAUCAGGAAGUGCCUCAAGUAUGCGAAGUGAAUCUUUCAUUGAAGCACAAUCUGGAGAACCAAACCAUGUUGAAUACACAGAGCUGAAUUUAGCCUGCCUUGAUCUGAAAAGUCAGGAAGAGUUACUACUUCUGCCACACUCAACAGAACUUGCUCAGGCGACAGAAUCAGACCUGACUGAGGAGUUACCAUUGUGCUGCUGUCGUAUGGAGACUCCUCCCUAUGAAGGCAGAUUGUCUGAAAAGGAUCAGACCUGUAUGGCCAUGGAGAGCGCAGAUGGAAUGCCGAAUCGCUGUCAGAGACGCGCGAUGAAGCAUGAAAUGAUGAGACCUUCCAAUGUCGUCAGUUUGCUGGUUCUGUGUGAGAAUCACCGGGCCAGCAUGGUUAAACACCAAUGCUGCCCUGGCUGCGGACUCUUCUGUAGUGUGGGCACCUUCAUGGAGUGCCAGCCCCAUGGUAACAUUUCCCACCGCUUUCACAAGGACUGUGCCUCCGUUUUAAAGGAUCGCAGGUUUUGUCCCCACUGUGGAGAGGAUGCCAGUGGGGCAAAAGAGAUCACAGUGCCCUCACCCCCCCUCCAAAGAUCAAACGGAGGACCAUCACUUGCAUCUCCUCUGCCAAAACCUGCUACACAGAGACUCAGGGCGAAAAAGACUUGCGAGCCACAAAGGAAUAGAGAGCCGUACUUCAGCAGUGGCACUGCAGGCACAAGUCCGAACGAAUCGCUAGAGAGUAUACUGAUGGGACUAGAUGAUGAAAACCUGACACCAACAAAAGUCAAUUACCCUACUGGACAGCUCUACAUUUCUGCAGAAGGAGGGGAGCUCCAGAGGGUCAUUCAUCUGUUAGUUGAUGGAAAGGAUCCCAACAUUCUGAUAGAUUCGCAAAACAAGCGAACACCUCUACAUGCUGCUGCUGCGGAAGGGCAUGAGGAAAUUUGCCACAUGCUAAUCCAGGCUGGAGCCAACCUGGAGAUGUUUGAUGAAGAGCAGAGAACACCCCUGAUGGCAGCUUGUGAAAAUAACCAUUUAGAUACAGUAAAGUACCUGGUUAGAGCUGGAGCAGCUAUUAACCACAAGGAUGUAAUGGGUUUCACCUGUCUGCAUCUGGCUUCUAAACUGGGACAUUAUGACAUUGUGCAACAUCUUCUCUCAAGGACAUCCAAGUACAUUAACUGCCAGGAUUAUGGCGGCUGGACACCCAUCACCUGGGCAAUCGAGCACAAGCACAAGAAGGUGUUCUACCUGUUGCUGGCCAAUGGGGCAGACGUUAACAUCAGAGACAAGGAACAGAACAUCUGCCUGCACUGGGCAGCUUUAUCGGGGUGUGCUGAUGUCACUCAGGCUUUGCUGGAUGCACAGUGUGACCGAAAUGCUGUCAAUAUUCAUGGGGACCUGCCAGUUCAUGUGGCUGCCAGAGAAAACCACCUGGAAUGUGUAAUGUUGUUUUUGUCGAAUGGAGUUAACCUCAAUCUGAAAAACAGAGAAGGACAAACUGCCUUGGACUGUUGCAUCAAUGGCUCAAACGUUUGGAUGGCCCUCAACGCAAGCAAAAAGCUGACUGAUACCAGGAGGAACCGAGACUCUCUUGGUGAGCAGGUCCUCAUAAGAGAUAUUUCUCGGGGGUAUGAGAAAGUUCCCAUAAACUGCGUCAAUGGUGUUGACAACGAGCCAUAUCCUGGAAACUUUAAAUACAUACCAGACAACUGUGUCACUUCCCUGGUGAACAUCAACAAGGACAUAACUCACCUGCAGCAUUGCAGUUGCACAGAUGACUGCUCAUCCAGUACCUGCACUUGUGGUCAGCUCAGUCUGCAAUGUUGGUAUGAUAGUGAGGGCCGCCUGUUGCUGGACUUUUGUCAGCAGGAUCCUCCAGUGCUCUUUGAGUGUAACCACGCCUGUUCAUGUUGGAGGACCUGCAAGAAUCGAGUUGUUCAAAAUGGACUGAGAGUCCGUCUUCAGCUCUUCAAAACAGAGAAAAUGGGCUGGGGAGUGAGAGUCAUGCAGGAUGUCCCUCAGGGGACAUUUAUUUGCGAGUAUGUUGGUGAGAUCAUAACCGACACGGAGGCUAACACAAGAGAGAAUGAUUCUUUCCUCUUUACACUUAACGAUAAGGUAGAUGACAUACAUUGCAUCGAUGCGAGACUUUUUGGGAACAUUGGCCGCUUCAUUAACCAUCUGUGUGAGCCCAACCUAUUGCCCGUGAAGGUAUUCACCAUGCAUCAGGAUUUGCGAUUCCCUCGGAUUGCUUUCUUCUCCAGCAGAGCCAUUAAAGCUGGUGACCAGAUCGGGUUUGACUAUGGCGAUCACUACUGGAUGGUGAAGAGUAAAUACUUCAGCUGCGAGUGUGGCUCACCCAAGUGUCGCUACGAUUUUGGAAGUUUGACAUCGAUGACCACAUCAUAGUACAGCUGGAGUUUCUCUUCCUCUCUCUUACUGUAUAUGUGACGUACUACGUGCCAUAUCGCUGGCGUCGUGCCCAAACAUCCUGUCAAAAGUUGGCAAAUCACAACUCUACACUAUUGGUCAGUCCACACAUCUGCAUUGGGUUAUUUUUUUUACAAAUGAUUGAGCAGUUUAGUGUUGAUGUGGCUUGCUCUCUAUGACGAUGCAAUGUUAAUGGUUGUGAAACCUGUUUAUUUGAUCUUAUGAAAAUGAUGAUCUUGGAGGUGCCAGGAUGACGCCGGUAAUGUUUAAGCUAUUAAAUGCAUUUUUGUUCACA